GCUUAUAGGGCUAGUUUGCCGGUAGUGGUACUUCUUGCAGGAUAGAAUAUUGGCGCACCUUGCCCCACGGAUGGACAAGCACAAAGUGAGAACCACUCGGGCAGAAAACAGGAGAAGGGGGCGACCGUGCAGCCACAUGGGCACCAUCUCAGGCAACGCAAGGUUGCUAUCUCCGACGUUUAUCUGGAGAUACCAGACUUUUAACCAACGGCUGCUGCUAUACCUUCCUCCCUUUUCCCAAGAAUCUGAUGCGUCGUGUCUCCACCGCACAGGCUUAAUACCUUGAAGCACGGUACCCCACGUGAAUGUGUGUAUCUAUAUAUAAGCGACGUUAGCUCCUCUUCCGCUACCACCCAAUACCAAGCUCAAACUUAUUUCCUAAACCGCACACAUUUCGCACCUGAAAUGGCUCAAAAUCGACCUCCAUGGCUCAGGCUGGCCACCCAACGGUUUGAGAUGCCAGCCCGACCGGUGUCCACACCGGUACCAGCUGCCCCACCUCCACAAGCUCGCGAGCCGACAAUCGCACCCGCCCCAGCACCACCACGUGCCACUGCACCAGCGCCAGUGCAAGCAAGCGCGCCGGCACCCCCACCAGUGCAACCACCUGUAUCCGCACCCCCUCCUGCACCUACAGCCACACGAACACCAGCUCCCCCACCAACACCUACACCAGUAGCUGCACCUGCACGAGCUCCCUCACCAACACCAGCAUUAGCACCUGUUAGACCCCAACGUCAAGUUUCUCAACAGACGCUGUCACCUCCUGCAUUACGACCAGCGCCACCACCACCAGCAACGCCACCCAAAACGCAGCCGCCAUCACCUUCUCCAUCCCAACGCCAAGCUUUCCAACCAGCAGCACCACCACCAGCAACGCCACCCAGAACCCAGCCGCCAUCACCUUCACCACCCCAACGCCAAGCUUUCCAACCAGCUCCUCCACCACCACCAACGUCCCCCACAACCCAGCCGCCAUCACCUUCACCACCCCAACGUCAAGCUUUCCAACCAGCUCCUCCACCACCAGCAACGCCCCCCACAACCCAGCCGCCAUCACCUUCACCACCCCAACGCCAAGCUUUCCAACCAGCACCACCACCACCGCAAACCCGAACUUCUCCGCCAGAAGUUUCCCCUCCCCAAGCAUCAAAAUCCCAACAUGCAUCGCCAUUACCGCGUCCCCAGUUGAAGGGUUCCACACCCCCACCUCAGCCACAAUCUCUCAAGACUGCACAACCUCCUUCAUCCACCGGGCCACCAUCUCCUUCCCCGGUGCCCAAGCCUUACCCGGUAGCUGAGAUCGUCAAAGGCCAGGUCAUUCCCAAGUACCCAACUGCAGAAACGGAGGUCAAGGAGGCGGACAAGGUCGUCACAAUAAAAAACGUUCCGCAUAAUCCUCACGUUGCCGCCAUUACCGACUCAGGAAAACGCAACCACACCUCGCCACAGCAUUCCAAGAUCAAUGGGGACGGCAACUCAGGACCUGGUCUGCACAGGAACCGCAUCAUCCCGGUGCGGGACGACGAAGAUGAGUGGAUGCGCAUCAUUGCCAUCUCCGGCGAAAACAACGGAGCCACCAUGCAGAUCAUCGCCGGCCGCCGAGGAGCGCACAAUGUGGCGAACGGCGGCGAGAAUCAUAAGGAAGAGGUGGGGAAAAAUGCAGCCGCAAAAGAAGGAGAGUCGGCGAAGAAGGAACCGAGUCACCGUCACAAACCGGUUUCGGCAAUGGUAAACAGCAACAUCCAGAGCGUGAAUAACUCGAUCAUGUACGGGUGCAACUGCAGUCAUAAUAGCCCAGGAGUCCACCUUCGUUUGCAUGGCAAGCCACGGGGCGUCACCCCACCACCAUAGCUCUGCCCACAAGGACCAAAUAACUGGGUCCGCUUAUUAAUCGUUUAUGUAUGGCAUUGAAAUAAGAUGUAAGGCCCAUCGUAUACAUAGUUGUUCGAGUAAUGAAUUUAAAGAGUUACUUCA